CCUUCUUCACUGCUCCUUUAACGCUCCUCCGUCAUCCUCCUCCUUCAUCCUCCGUGAGCGUCAACAUGCCCAGCAAGAAGAAGAAGAACCAGCGUCGCUUGAGGAGGGCGCACACCCAGAGAAGAAUCCUGGAGGAGCAGCGAGAGUCCAGCUCGCCUGUCAAAGCCACGCCCACUAGCAAGACGCUCGCCGUCACGGACCCAAAGAACCUGAAGAAGAAGGCCACUCAAGACAGGACAGAGCCUGAGGGGGUGAAGGACCCAAAGGUGGACCUUGAACCGGUCCUGCUAGCUGGGACAACAACAGAAGCAGUCAGUGAGACGGAGCAUGGUCGCAAGUCCGAGGUAAUUUGUACAUCGGAACCGGAACCAGAAGAGGCCAAGGCACCGGCGGUGGGAGCAAGCGUGUCGGCUGAAACGGUAGCGGAAGAAGCUGUGAAGCAAGUUGUCACCAGCACACCUGAACCAACACAAGCAGCUGAAACAGCAGCAGCUAAGGGACUGGAACCAGAACAAGUAGCUGAAGCUAAAACCGCAAAAGAGGAACCCAAAUCUGUUGAACAGGUUGUUGCUGGCAUACCGGAACCCGAUGUUAAAAAGGUGGAAGAACCGAUAGUCUGUUGCAUCCCUGAUCCAGAACUAGUAGUUGAAGCAGAGCCUGUUGUUAAAGUCGAAAGAGAAUCCGUGGCUAAGUUUUCCCCAAGCGUACCUGAGCCAAAACAAGUGGUUGAGAAAGAACCUGUUCUCCAAAAUUUGUUGGAACAAGUCCCUGUUUGUUGCACCCCUGACCCAGAACUAGUAGUUGAAGUACAAACCGCCGUUAAGGCAGAGGCAGAAUCCCUAGGGCAGGCUGUCUCCAUUGUACCAGAACCAGAACCUGCUGUUACAGAAGAAGCAGAAGCAAUUGAGAAGGUUGUCGCUAACGUACCAGAACCAAAACGAGUGGCUGAAGCAGAACCUGCUGUUAAGAAAGAAGCAGAAGUCGUUGAAGAGGUUGUUGCUAAUGUACCAGAACCAAAACCAGAACGAGUGGCUGACGCGGAAGCGAAGGCGGAAGAUGUCGUCAUCGUCACAGCCGAAACAGAACCGGUUGUCACCCAAUUGGCGGAAGCAGAACUCUCUGCUAUUAAGUCGGACACAGAAGCAGAAGUUGUUGCCAGAGUAGCAGAACCAGAAAGGGUGGCUGAAGCAGCUCCAACUGAGAAGGACAAAGCAAAGGUGGAGGUGCUGAAUAAAGAAGUCCCUGCAGAAAUGAAAGAGGAUGCUGCUACCAAUCUGAAAAGUGUGGAUGUGCUCUGUGAAGAUAGCAGCGUACCUUCAUGUCCGAUGGAGAAGUCAGUGGAGGCGGUGCUGAAUGGUCACGUGACUUCGGAGGUCUCCACCAAGGACUAGAACCUACAACUUUUUUGUCCUGAGACCACGUUGGUCGACUUGAAGACGUUCUGUGCCGGAAGGAGUCAACCAGAUGACAUUCGUUCUUCAUAUUUAGGACUUAGAAGAGGAAAUUAAAAGGGGCGUCCACAUUUUCAAGUGCCUUUCCGCCCCGUUUCUGUGCAACCAAACAUCCUGGGGCAAAGACCGAAGUGAAAGCAUGAGCAGUGGACGAGGCGAGACUUGACGUAUUUUCUUCGGAAUGUCCGCUUUCAACUAAAGAGCAAAAACACAGAAAUUAAGAUUUGUUUUUCCUGCGUAAAGGCAUCCUAAAAUAGGCAACCUAUCACAGAAUCGUGUUAAGAUUUCAAAGUAUGACCAAUGUUUAUCACACGUUAGCUUACUAGCACUGGCAAGUUUUCAACUGACACAUUCUCGUCUUCUACUUUUGUGUUCUUCUCCUUUCUGUUGAAUGGACCACGCCAUGCACAACAAUGUCACUUUUUUAGGACAGAAGCAAUUCAGCCUUUUUUUUUUGGACGAGCUAUGAUUUAUUUUCAGGUGGCUUCACCUUUGAAAUAAAACU